CACAGAGCUCCGCCGCGAACUAAAAGUCCUGCAAGAUGGCGAAGAUGUGCACCUCAGAGGCCGCAAUGGUAGUGAUGGUGGGAAUGCUUCUCGGAGGCACGGUGGCCAUUCCCUCGCGAGUGGCCAACAGGAUGAUCCCGAGUUGGUGGCUGACGGCUCGGACUCAGAAAUCCUGCGUGUCUUGGUCCGACUGCAACGUGGACGAAUGCUGUGCCCGGCCGAUGCUGUCGUCCAACUCGUACUGCCUGCCGUUCAAGUCAGAGGGCGAGACCUGUGAUGCUUCCGCCAUGCUGUUGGAUAUCCACAAUGAGGUAUUCUUCGACCACUGCCCCUGCGAAACCCACCUGACCUGCGCCAAGAUGCAUUCCCAGACGGUGUGCGUUGACCCAGCUUCCCUCUCUCGCAUGACCCCGCGACCUUCUCCACAGCCUUUGCCCAUCAAGCUGUAGAGGCGUGACCUUUGACCCUCUGUGUCAAGGUUCCAGGCGUGACCUAGUCUUUUUGGCUGACCUUUUUUGGGGGAAAUUCUUUGUUUUCACUCUUUUUCCUGUUUGUUUGUUUGUUUGUCUUUGCUUGUUUUUUUCUUGAUUGUUUGUCUCUUUAAUAUUCUCUA